CGUUCUGAGCAUGCGCAGUGUAGCCCGGCGUUCGGCCUGGUUUCCGGUGGCGGCUGAGUGGAAAAUGGAAGAAGAUGAGGUCGCGGAGAACUGGGAGGAGGCUGCGGACAGCGGGGAGAUAGACAGACGGUUGGAAAAGAAGCUAAAGAUCACUCAAAGAGAGAGCAAGUCAAAGUCUCCACCUAAAGCUCCCGUGGUGAUCCAGGACGAUUCCUUGCCAGCUGGACCUCCUCCUCAGAUCCGAAUACUAAAGCGACCUACGAGUAACGGCCUGGCAAGCAACACCAAUGCCAGCAGCCGACCUGCACUGCCUGUUAAGUCUCUGGCACAGAGAGAGGCAGAGUACGCAGAAGCUCGGAAGCGUAUUUUAGGAAGCGCCAGCCCAGAGGAAGAGCCAGACAAACCUGUAGCCGACAGGACAGCGAGAGUCAAUCAGCCUGAGGACAUCAGACAACCUAACAAUGUGAUCCGACAACCACUGGGUCCAGAUGGAUCACAAGGCUUCCUUCAGCGCAGAUAGAUGUGACGGAGCACCGCUGCCAAGGGCUGUGCUGCCCUGUUACACCAAUGGACCUGAGCAGAGGGGGACCACCUCAUUUACUUGCACUUUGAUGCCCUUUUUGCUCUGCCCACUGUGACCUUAAACCCUGUGCACUGUGACCCCCCUCCCGCCACGCCUCUAGCUCCGACCACUGUGAUUGGCACAUUGCCACAAGCUACCCUGGCGCUUUACACAAGGGAAAGCGUGUGCAUGUGCAAAAUAGGCAGGGAGGGUGGUGCGGAAAAAAGCCACAUAUAGAUAAAGAAGGGGGUGCCACGUGCCUGCGACUGCCACUUCUGUUGAAGUUACCGCCAGCAAUAAUGUUAACAGCAUCUCCAGGGAGGGAAGUGGGUCCACAAGCCCCCCACUUUAUCACAUAUAUUUUCUUAAUGACUGCCUGCCUCAUUACUAAGAAUUUCCAUUUCAAACAGCUUCCUUCGGUUAUGAUGUACUGUGCAUGGAGGGGGUUUUAGAUGUCUAAGACAAAGCGCUUUGAUUUAACUGCGGAAAUUAGAUUGUAGUUUUCUUAACACAGCAAACCAUAGCAGUGCAAUGGCUUCAUUGCUCAUACUGGUAUUGACAGACAGUAAUGGGGUAAAGCCAGCCCUCCAGUGUUUGGCGUUUCAGGGCCUGUAUUAAGAAAGCUUUUGGAGCUCGUUCCCCCUGCAGUGGCUUCAGGAUGUUUUGAGUGCAUUAAGCUUGGCUAGACAUGCCCUCGUGUGUGAGUGUGAGAAGGGGCAGGUGUGCAUGAGCUAUUAACCAGCAUGGCUUGCAAGCUGGGUGGCAGAAACCGCUCAGGAGAACCCUUUGCUACAGUAUUCUGCUGGUCUGUUCUGUCAUCUGUCUUGGACUGAAGGAUUCUGGCACAACAAUGUUAGGAUGAAGACUUGAUCCAUGAUGCCUGGGCUCUUCCUAGAAAACAAAGAUGUGGAAUAUGGAAAUCAAUUGCUGAGUGUACUGUGCUCCCAGGCAUUCUUGUUGCUGAAUUCCAGCCUUUUCCAGCACAGUUUGUCACGAUGGAGUUGGCCCAGAACUGUUCCCUUGCCAUAUCUGCUGGGUCCCAACCUUCUGGGCUAUCUCAAAUAAAUGCAGUAAUUAAUUUGAAGGGAGACGUAAGCCCGUAGGGAACUUUUUACUAUUUUGCAAAGCGAACUCCCUGGGCCUGGGUUCACUAGUAUGUGUAAAGACCUCUAAGGGAUGUGGAUGGAACUCUGAAGCUAUCAUGGCUGUCAGCAGUUGUGACAUGGAUGUAGAGCUGUUCUUUCUGGUUCUAGCUCAGUGCUGUAACAAAAUAUAUACAUUAAUUUUAGAAAUCAGAACAUUGGGAACAAACCAUGUUGAAUAAAGUUGACGGAAAACAUG